CCCCUUUUACUGGUCAGGACGUGACAAGCGUUUUUUCCACCUGUGGGUUAUGGGAUAUUGUUUAUGUUUAGUUGCCUGUUAGCACUGCAUUGUUGUCACGGUUCGGUUAUUCUUUAUUUGUUUUGUAUUUGCUUAAGUUUCACUUUAUUCAUUAAAAUGAUGUGGAACUCUACGUACGCUGCACCUUGGUCCGACCAUUAUUACAAACAACGUGACAGAUGUCUGUACGUGCUGUUCAAGGAGUAAUAUCUUAUUGGUUGAUUGGUUUGUUCAUUUACACUAGUUCAACUAAUCUGCCAUUAGUGGAAGGUUGCCAAUCUAAUUGUUUCUGAAAAUAAUCCCUUUCUGAUAUCUGUAUUUAAAUAUGUUUUAAUUUUUUAUUUUAAGUAGUCCCUUAUUGCUGUCUGUAUUAAAAUAAAGUAUUAGUAAUUACCCCCAAAUGAUAGUCAACUUUUUUAGUUCCACAAAUAAUAUUUGGAACCAUAGUUAUCCAAAAUGUGCUCACAACAAUACUUCCUCAUGUUGUACAGUAAAUAACAAACCACAGCAGUGAUGCAGGUGUUUUCUUGCGAACAUAUUCGAAAAGGAAGAUGGGUCUCUAAUGAAAUAUUCAACAUGGUGGAGGAAUGUUGGUGACCUGCAACACAACACAAGUCCCACAGGGAAACUGCUGGGUUAGAUUGCUGAGAACAUCAACAGAUAUGUAUUUUUAGAUGGGCCUAAUCUUAUCUCCAUCUUUAGAGGUAUUAGGAGAAAAACCUUCAUCUGAAUAAUUUAGUUUCACUAAGAAACAAGGAAAUAGUGAAUGUGUUAAUCAAUAUCUUCAUCAAAUGUAGUAUGCUAUUCUAAGCUCUAGUAUAAUCUCGAUCAACAUUCAAGUAUCAAUGAAGUAUGGUUGGAUUUAUAAAAUGCCUAUAACCUGUAAUGAAAUGAGAAUCCAUUCUCAGAAACAGGAAAGUGCAAAAAAAUAUUACUGUUUACAAUUAUUUAGCAAAUUAAGAAGAUUUAUGAAAUGGAGAUGUAUUGCACAUAUCAUUUGAUUUGAUCCUUUCCUCCUCUGAGUCUUGUGCUUUCAUACAGUAGGUUUGUCUGAGACAUCAUGGAGGGUAAUAACAGACAACAGAGAGAAAGAUCAGAAGAAAGAUCCCCAGAGACGUCGCCUAUGAUGGUUCCGGCAACCCAACCACGCUCCUCAAUGUUCUCCUGCUGUUUGUGGAUGGCAUCUGAUGAACCUGUAGACGUCCCAGCGAGUAAUGUAACACAAGACCCUAUUGUGAAGCCGCCCACCAGACAGUCUCAUGUCAACAACCCAGACACCAGCGAACGCAUAAUACGUUUGGAGAAUACUGAGCUGCAAGUAUUGUCCGCUGGUGCCAAGAGGUCGAACAACACCCCACUGCCAGGGCAGCCAGGGCACUCUAAUACGAAGAAGGAUACAAGAGGGGACCAAGAUGGAAGGAACAAGCUCAACCAGGGGUCCAGUCAGAACCAGAACCAGGAUCAAAAGAUCAAGUUUCUGAUCAAUGUGCCCAUGUGGGUCCCACUACUUGACAACAACCGAACACAGGAACAAAUCCAGUUGCAGUUGGUUCAAAACUUACUGACGUUGUUGGAGGGUACAGGCUUUAAGGAGGAAGAUAAGGAGCACCUGGAAGAUGUGGCCAUCAUCAUUGGCCUCAAUGGCAAAGAUUCUCCUGAGCUCAGGAAGCAGCUGUCAAUGCUGAUGAACAUGAAGGAGAAGACAGUAUUGAAGUUUAAAAAGAUUUCAUUUACCUGGGGACCCAAGGGUGACAUUAAAUAUGAGGACAGUAUAAAUAAAAAAAAAGAUACACCAUAUACGGAUAUCAGAGAAUAUCUAAAAGAUCAUGAAGAAACUAAACAGCUUGUUAGAGAGUUGAGAGGACAGGAUCCUGACGCUCUGAUCUAUUUCAGUUGUAUUGAUGCUGAUACUGUAAGCUUUAACCAAGUGUACAGCUCUUAUUUAGAGAUAGUCAGAAAGCACUGUAACACUCACUCUGGCAUCCCACCAACGGUGAUGUCAACAGGCUAUGAGUUUCCUGAAGGGGAUUUUAAGAAGCCAAGCCAGGUUGACAGAAUGACUCGAAUUCAGACAGCAAAACACUUUCCUCUAGGGACAUACUAUCCAGAGCCCAACUUCUGUGUUUUACUCCUAAAGGGGGAGGACACACUAACAGAGAGCUUUCUUGGAAAAGGCAAAACAAUGGAGUCGCCAAAAUGUAUCAAAAAAGUUAAGGACCGUGACGAAUUCAUAGCAGUCUUUACCGCUGACAAUCCCAUAAUUACCUCUGUUCCAGCAAGGUGUAAAGUAAAUAAGGAUGGCCUGACAACUGCGCAAUCACAUUAUAAUCCUAGAGUCUGGGCAACAAGUGCAAACAUCCAUGGUGAGAUAAAGAGUAAACUAAAGGGGAGAGGAAGUUCUGGUAAAACAAGAGGAUUCUUGAUGGAACUGUUGACUUGUCCAGAUGAGGAAUUUGAGAACAAGUGUAAAGAACUUCCUGUGGUAAAAGAUGAUGCAUUUCAGAAACUGUGUGAGGCAGCUGCUGAGGUCCGAGAAUACAGAAAGAAAGUGAGGGAGGAUGAGAGCAGGCAGGCAGAGAGCAGAGCAAAACAACCAGAGAUGUAACACAUAUGUACUAAUGGAAGCUCUAAAGCCUAGACUUAUGUUGACAUAAAAAUCUGAAACCUUACUUUUGUCGCAACUUUUAUUUUGCCGUAAUGUAUUGAGGCACUGUUAUUGUUUGUACGCUGGGGACUUUUAUUUUGAAAGCGAUAGUAUUCCCAGAGGCACCUUUGAGAGAGUGUUGAGAAAAAGACAGAGUGGAUGCUGAUGACUGCUUGGCUGGAUCUCUUGGUCCAGAGACAUUCAACUACAUAUAAUAGUUUUCCAUUGUAACCAGUGUUUUAUUUUUACUGUCAAUCCACAAGUCCUCUGUUGGAGGAAGUGUUUAAUAUCUACAAGCAGAAAUAAGGGUGAUACAAAUCUAUCCAAUCCAGAAUGAGAAUGUCAUAUCCUAACAAGACAUAAACUCAAAUGUUGCUAAAUGACCUUAUGACUGGAUGAAUCUCUAGUCAUACACAACUAUGGGUGUAACCAAUUGUGCCAGAAUAUUCACCAGACAUCAGCUUUCAUGGUGUAGAGGUGAGGAGUGAUAUACAGUAUAAAACAAUUAGGAUUGAUAAUAAGUUAGCCAGGACACCAGGGUUUCACCACUUACUGUCACAAUAAGUACCAUGGAAUCUUUAAUGACCACAGUCAGGACAUCCGUUUAAUGUCCCAUCUGAAAGGCUGCACCUUACGCAGGGCAAUGUCCCUGUCUCUGCCCCUGGGCAUUGGGAACUCUUUAGACCAGAGGGAAGAGUGCCCCCUACUGGCCCUCCAACACCACUUCCAGCCUACUGUGUACAUAUUUGUUGUGUCCAAUAUAAUUGCUCCAUUCAAUCCAUAGCACUAAAGAGCUGCGCUAUAGUGUGAUUGAAAUGUAAAGGUCAUUUCCGAUUGAGUCGAUAUAUGCAGCGUUUACCGUGAAUGCAGUCUCUGCAAACAUGGGAACAUUGCUUUUAAAUUGAAAUGGCUGUUUUCCAUUUGAACAUGCAUGUAGGGUAGAUAGGGUUUGAUGGAAGAGUAGAGAAACUUAUCUGACUGUGACUGCAUGACUGCCCUUCAGGCUGUGAUGAGAUUCAUAUGAACUUUAUCACUGAAUGCUUUAUUGUGAAGCUUUUAGUUUUAAUCAUAAUUAAUAAAGAGUUAUUGAUAUAAUACAGUGAUAUAUAGCAUGAAUGGAAAACACCUUUCAGUUUGAACUAAUCAUAAUGCCAGGCCAGAACUAACCAUUUUAUAAAACUAUAUAAAGCUAUGCUAUGUAAUGGGAAGAUUCGACCUUGUAGAGUCCUCCUAUACUAACACUUGUGGUUAAGUACCGUAACAAUGUGAACCUACACUGUCAUUUCAUAACCAUCCAUGUAUAUUCUAACUAUCAUUAUAACUAUCACAUGUAUAUUCUAACUAUCAUUAUAACUAUCACAUGUAUGUUCUAACUAUCAUUAUAACUAUCACAUGUAUAUUCUAACUAUCAUUAUAACUAUCACAUGUACAUUCUAACUAUCAUUAUAACUACCACAUGUAUGUUCUAACUAUCAUUAUAACUAUCACAUGUAUAUUCUAACUAUCAUUAUAACUAUCACAUGUAUAUUCUAACUAUCAUUAUAACUAUCACAUGUAUAUUCUAACUAUCUUUAUAACCAUCACAUGUAUAUUCUAACUAUCAUUAUAACCAUCACAUGUAUAUUCUAACUAUCAUUAUAACUAUCACAUGUAUGUUCUAACUAUCAUUAUAACUAUCACAUGUAUAUUCUAACUAUCAUUAUAACCAUCACAUGUAUGUUCUAACUAUCAUUAUAACUAUCUCAUGUAUGUUCUAACUAUCAUUAUAACAUCACAUGUAUGUUCUAACUAUCAUUAUAACUAUCACAUGUAUAUUUGAUAAGAGAAUUAUAUAAUAAAGGUAAAUGAAUCAAUAAACCAUGAUUAAUUAUUAGUCA